GACGCAGCAGCGGAGCCGUGGCAGGCAGCGCUCAGCGAGCAAAGUCCAUUCUCACACACGCGGAAUAAACUUCCUUUUAAUCAGAUGGCAUGUGUUGCGCUGCAAUGGCAGGAUCCCAGAACUGAGGAUGUGAAGUAGAAAGGUGCGUCCGUCCGUCUCGACUCAGUUGCGCCGCGGAACGAUGCUGAGCAAAGCUGCGGGAGGAUUUUCCACUACAGCGACCAGAUCGGCAAAUCUUUUUGGGACUUCAUCCUCUGGUCCACUAGAAGUUUGAAGCGGCCAUCAUGGAGAGCCUCAGUGAGCUCCAGAACCCCCUGCUAGACAAAACCAGCCGACAAGUGGGGCACAGCGAUUACCAGGGUUACCAGUGUGACUACCCAGGCCAGCCUUACCAGGACAGCCUCAUUGGCUACUACUACACUGGGACUAAUGGUGAGCAUAAGACUCAACAGUUCCUGGAUGCCAAAUCCCUGCAUCUGGCUGUGGAGGCCUUCUACAGACCAAACUUCAUCCUGUACAAAGACGACGUGAGCCUCCACAGCAAGGACUCCAAGAGUGAGAGCUUUGAGACCACUUUCACAGAGAGUAAGGACAUGGUGUUGGAUGGAGUUUCCACAGAAAACCCUCUGGACAGCAUACAUGGAGAGAAGGAUGCAAAGAUCCAGACAGUGUCGUACGAAGUGGAGGAGGAGCAGGGUCCUGAGUAUGAGAGUGACAGCUCCAGUGACAGUGAGAGCGAGGACAACUUCUUUGUGCUGCCCCCCCGGGAUUACCUGGGCCUAGCCAUCUUCUCCAUGCUCUGCUGCUUCUGGCCCUUGGGCAUCGUUGCCUUUUACUACUCUCACAAGACAGGCAAGGCCAUCUCUAAGGGAGACUUCUCCAGAGCAGGAAUGAGCUCCAGAAGAGCCCUCUUCCUGGCGGCUCUUUCCAUCACCAUUGGAACAGGGAUGUAUGUGGGGGUGGUUGUGGCCCUCAUAGCCUACCUGUCCAAGCCUGGACACGUAUAGCACCGGGACCAGCUGGUUUGGGGGAAGAUAGAGAGAGAGAGGAAUCCAGAUGGGAGGCAGGGAAAAGACGAGGCUGGAUACCUCUCCUGGAGGCGCGUGUUUGUGCUGCUGCCUGGCUGUCUGCAGAAAAAAAAGAGUCUCUGUGAAGAGAAAAGACUAAAUCAGAAAGACAGGGAAAAGAGGAAAACAACGAGAUGUGUGGAUGGAGUAUUACAUGGACUCAUUAUUUCUGGGAUACAACACUCCCACCAAGGUAUUCCACCACCUCAAGCAGAGAGGGAUGACUACUCUUCCACAAAGACUGUGCUGUACUAAUAUGUUGAAACAUAACAGUAACUACCUACCGUUUACCACAUUAGUCGUUUACAGCUGUUUUAUUUUACCGUUAUAGUAGCUGUAAUCUCUGCAGAUACUAUUGCAGAUUGUAUAUUGUCCACUUCGUAAAUUAAUUUCUUGGAAAAACAUUCAGCCAGUGGGCUUUUUUUGUGAUUGUUUCCUCAAGGAAUGUACCAGAAAAGUAUCCUGUUAGUAAACAGAGAGAAGUUGACCCUAAAUACAAAGAGAAGAAUGUACACAAAGUUGCUGAGCAGUGGACAAAAGAGAUAUUUGUGUUUAUUGUGUACUGUCAAUUAGGUCAAUAAAUACAUUUGGCAUGAA